AAAUCAAAAUGCAGAACAAAACCAUUUGCAAUUUGUUUCUUUUAUCUCUUCUUCUUCUCAAACCCUGCAUCGGCAAUGCCAAAACUUCCAAUAACGGGGGCUUCGCCUCUACCAGUGGGACACAUUUCGUGAUGAAGGGGCGACCGUUCUACACUAACGGGUUCAAUGCUUAUUGGAUGAUGUACGUGGCAGGGGACCCGAUAAUGAGAUAUCAGGUGUCCAAUGCAUUUCAACAAGCAAAUAGUUAUGGACUAAAUGUUGUCAGAGCCUGGGCUUUUAGCGAUGGAGGUUACAGAGCUCUUCAAAUUUCACCUGGCAAUUAUGAUGAGAAUAUGUUUAAGGCAUUGGACUUUGUGAUAUCUGAGGCUAAGAAGAAUGGAGUUUAUUUAAUACUAAGUUUGGCCAAUAACUGGGAGGAGUAUGGCGGGAAGAAGCAGUAUGUGCAGUGGGCUAAGGAUCAAGGGCAGUGGUUGAACUCUGAUGAUGAUUUCUUUAGAAAUUAUCUCACAAAGCAAUUCUACAAGAACCAUGUCAAUGCUGUUCUCACGAGAAAGAACUCGAUAACGGGAGUAAUGUACAAGGAUGAUCCUACCAUCUUUGCAUGGGAGCUCAUGAACGAACCCCGUUGCCAGAGUGAUAACUCUGGUGCAACUUUGCAGAAUUGGAUUUCGGAAAUGGCUGUUUAUGUGAAAUCUAUCGAUAGUAACCAUAUGCUUGAAGCUGGACUAGAAGGAUUCUAUGGCCACUUGAGGCCUGACAGGAGACGGUACAAUAUUGGUUAUGAAGUUGGGUCCGAUUUCAUCGCCAACAAUCAGAUCCCUCAAAUUGAUUUCACUACCACCCAUAUAUACGCUGAUGAAUGGAUCAAUGGGGCUGAUGAUAAUGCAGAAACAACUUUCCUCCAGAGUUGGAUCGCAUCACAUACUCAAGAUGCAGGAUCCUUAGGAAAACCACUCAUGAUCACAGAAUUUGGAAGAUCAUCGAAACAAUUCAGCUCUGCACAGAGGGAUGCAUACUAUCGGGCUACAUAUACCACAAUCUAUGCACUGGCGAGAUCUGGUGGUGCUUGCUCCGGUGCUCUCUUCUGGCAGUUUCUCGGCCAAGGAAUGGAUAACUUCAGAGAUGGAUAUGAAGUUGUUUUCCAAGAUUGCCCCUCCACAUCGAGCAUAAUUUCACAGCAGUCUCGAAGAAUUGAGAGCCUGAACAAUCCUUUGACUAUGUUUGAUACCAAGAAACUGGAGAAGACCAAGGACUACCUAGGAGGAAUGUUAACGUAAUACUUAGAGAAAUUAACUAUUUGCCUUUGUUUCUUCACAGGGGAUGAGUUGAUUCAUCCAUUUGUAGAAAUAAAUCUAUAAGGAAAAGAGGAUAGAGUUAAAUUGUAUUGUGUUUGCCCCAUUUUCA